UAACCAGACCAAUAGCAUUACAUUUUGAAAAGAAAGGCGGGGUUAGCCCACAAAGUGCCGUGUACAGUUGUGCUGACAUCGUGGAUGUGAUAUGACUUUAUAAAAGUUACAGUAGGGCGAUUUUUUCUCUUUAUGUCAUGUCAAAACCUACAGAAAAUAAUACUAGUUCCAGCACCCUGGAAACAAGCCUGGUUAAUCUGACGAAACGGAUGGACUUGGGUCGAGUCGAUUAUCGGAAUGCUAUGGUUUUGCACUGUGGGAUGUGCAAUACAAUUUGGGGGGACUCUCUUGAAGUGUGUGGCGAGGUAAAACAACUGAACUGCAUCAUUUGCCUGCGAGUAACUAAGGACGUGGUGGUGAAGGAUGAGCUGGAAUUUAGGCUUGAGGGCCAAAUGGCUGGAAGUACAUACAAAGCUCUUCAUUGCUCCGGGUGUCAGUGUUUUGUUGGUGUAGUGCCAUACUCCACCCCAAAGAACCUAUCUGCUCUUCGCAACCUCUUUCUUUUGCAGAAAGAAAACAUCAGCUGUUACAGUUUAAGAACUGGCACCAUGGUAAAAGCCUCGUCGCUACAUUUUGACCAAAGCUCUGUUGACGAAAGUAUCAAGGAGCUGAACCGGGAGAUGAGGGUUCUGGAUGAGAGCUUUACUGCCACGGAGAAGAGGCUUAAAGAAGAGUACUAUGGCAAAGAGGGCUAAUCACACACGGGGGAACGUUUGUUCUCAUAACGCAGUGGACAUCUGAUCCAUCUCGCCUGCGGAAAUUAACGUUUUGCCCAUAACGUGCAAUACCAGAGAGUGAAUGGCUGAAGUCCUUUGGUAAUAAUAAUCAGUGAUGGCACUGGUGGUGUCCAGCUUCUUCACGUGAGACUUGCAUAUCACUGAAGAGACGCAUCUCUUCCUGUACCCACAGUUACUUUUUGUUUGAACACGUACCCAUAAAAGAGACCGUUGUGAAAGCUGGGGAGAGGAGGGUAACACUCCAUGGAGUUGAUCCAGAAGUUGCUGUGGAUUAAGCCAGUUAGCCAGUAAAAUGGUUCCUCGAGCUCUUAAACUAUAGUAAAGAGGUCGGGGGGGAUGGCCUUUCCGGAACAGGCUGCAUUUCAUGCUUGGAGGAAAUCGAGGUACACUAGCUACUGAAGUCAGGUUAUCUGAAAGAUCUCGUACUUAAGGUUGCUAAGGUCUUUAUCCCGGCAACUGCUUAGGGUUUAAAGUUGGUAACUGCAGCCUUGUCAGAGCAGUUGAUGCCUUAUAUUUGAACACUUGAAAUUAAGGUGGCUAUGACUACGCAUGAGUUUUCAUUUAAAAAAGGCUUUACCUUUGCUGUGAUUUUGUCAGGCUCUGCUUUUGUUUUGACCAGAGUUCUCGAAACAAAUCUCUGCACUCCAACCAAUUAAAAUGUUACUGUAAUAUUCA